GUGAAGGUGCAAGUUCUUCCCGGAAGAAGUAAAAGUCUUUCGCCAACAAGUGCUGCUACGCUAACGGGGAAAGUGCGGGAGGAAAAUCUUUGUUUCCGAACGAGUGAGCGAGAAAGCGUAAAGCGGAAGUAGCAUCGGGCUAAAGUGCGCAACAAUGGUGUCUAUCAUAAAGAAUCAACUGCUCAAGCAUCUCUCCCGUUACACGAAGAAUUUAUCACCCGAUAAGGUGAACCUGAGCGCGUUCCGGGGCGAGGGCGAACUCUCCAACCUGCAGCUGGACGAGAACGUGCUGACGGAGCUGCUGGAGCUGCCGGCCUGGCUGCGGCUGACGUCCGCCUGGUGCAACCAUGUCUCGUUUCGGAUAUCCUGGACCAAGCUGAAGAGCACACCGAUUAUGUUGACGCUGGACGAGGUGAACAUAACGAUAGAGACAUGCGAGAUAGCGCGCAGCGGCACGCCGACGGCACGCCUCUCGAGCCUGACGGCGCCCCAGGGGAAAUAUAGCUUUAUACACAAGGUCAUCGACGGCAUCACGAUCGUGGUGAACACGGUGAACGUGAACCUCAAGAGUCCCGCCUUCACGGCCUCGGUGCAGAUGUCCCGGAUACGGGUCGAGUCGCGGACGCCCAAGUGGCUGCUGGGCGAUCUGCGCGUGACAAGACUGAAGGAUCCGACGCGCGGCAUGAUCCUCAUCUUCAAGGAGCUGUCCUGGCAGACGGUGCGCAUCGAGGCGAGCAGCACGCAGGACCUCAGCCUGACGCCGUUGCGGCUCCUCACCAAUCAGGCCCGCUGUCGGAUCACGAUCAAGAAGCGGCUCUCGGACUGCAGCAUCGUCGCCAGCCGGCUCGUGCUGAUCCUCGACGAUCUGCUGUGGGUGCUGACGGACUCGCAGCUGAAGGCCGCGCUCCACUUCGUCGACUCGCUGACCGGCCUGAUCAAGGCGUCGACGAACGUGGUGCAGCGGGUGAAGGCGCAGAAGAAGCUCGAAACGCUGCCCGAGUACCAGGCCCAGCUGGACCAGUCGAAGAAGGCACCGGACACGCAGCAGCUGACCGCCGCCCAGCGCUACUUCAACGUGUACGACGUGCGGGAAACGUCCUACCACUUCUUCAGCCAGCGCAUCGAUCUGCACCUGUGCGACGACGUUGGCGUUGGCCGGUCCAGCCACCCGAGCCUGACCGACGGCGGGGCGCUCCAGAUUUCGGUGCAGGGCUUCCAGAUCGAUUACUACCCGUACCACCUGGCGAAAGCCGAUCGAUCCCACUGGCCCAAAUACCGCGAGGCAAGCAUUCCACCCGCCCUCUGGCUCGAACAGUCACUAAACGCCUUCAGGGAAACCAUCCUUAACCUAAGUCAACCGAACCGGCCGCCGCAGCAUGCAUCACUAGAAAGAACAACAAACUUUGGCCAGCAACAACAGCAGCAGCAGCAGCAGCAACAAGCGCCACCGGCAUCUCCCUCGUUCGGACAACAACGUCGUACCAGUAUUGGAAGCAAUAGCAAUCAGCAGCAGCAGCAGCAACCAUCCGUCCCGGGGACACCGGGCAGUGUCGGUUCGGCCGCCGUGUCGCCGAUGAAAAAGCACGUCCUGGACAAUCUGGCGAAGCUCAUGUGUGCCUGCGUAGUGAUGAAGAUCGAAGAGUUUACGCUGUACCGCGUGACGACGUCCGGGAACAAGCAGAUGCCGAAGGAGUUUGUGGCCGCUGACAGAGACCGAGUACCACCGGAUAUGGCCACCCUUCAUGCGGAGUUUACCUACUUCUACUACCCCGGAGACUUUGUCUUUCCCCUGCCACCGUCGAAAGCGUUCGUUCACAUCAACCCCGUUCAAGUGCACUUCCAUCUGGACAGCUUCCUCUGGCUGAGCUCGUUCGUGCUGAACCUGCACGAGAGUCUCCUCCGGACGAACAAUGUCACGAGCGGCCUCAACUCCCCGUCCACCCCGUCGACCUCUUCGGGCGGCGGUGGAGGCGAACAGCAGCCCAACAUCAUGUACAUGGACGUCAAGGUGGAGUGCAUAAUGCCGCGGUUGAUAUUCGAGGCAUCGCCCGGCGCACCACAGCAACGCGACCGACCCAAGGCGAUGCACGUCGAGGUGUCCCGGUUCGCGCUGACCAACAUCCGUGAGACCGGUGCCUCGCGGGCGGACCUAGCCCAAGCCAUAUCGUCCCUGCAGGAAGGUAGCCUUGUGUUUGGCUCGGGGUUUCCCUCGAAACCGGGCGAUCUGUGCAUCGUGACCGAUCGGAUACUGUCGCACAUUGCGGCGACGGAUGUCGUUGGGGGAAGCGCGUACACGGCCGGUGCCAUUCCAAACGGUGGCGGAGUGCAAUCAGCGUUUAGCAAUCUUACUCGGUACGCAACGUGGCGCGAACCGAGGGACGUGUGGUGUUUGAAGCUUGAUCCGGUUUGGGUGGAGUUUUACGGAGCCCGUUCGAUCGGUCCAAGCCGAGCGAUUCCGUUCGUCGAUGCGGUUCCGGUGACGAUAUGGUUACACGGGCGUUCGGAUGAGCUCCCACCGGAGCUGCUCGAGCCACCGGAGUGUGGUGACGGAAGCAAGCGGCUCAACAGCAACAACUUUAACUCGAACAAAUCGAGUGAAAGUAGUCUGAUACUGUCCGUCAACAGUCUAAAGCAAUCAUUAGACCUGUCUGAAACGCCCCUCGGUAGCCACUGGAGUGGCGGACCUCCGCUGGGUCCGCUGGACGAUGAGAAAUGGAAGCGGCUUUCGGUCGCAUCCGCUCCCGCCAUUCCCGAGGAAGGGUCGCCGGUUAAACUCGGCCCGGCCACAACUACUACCACUAGCCACAAGUUACCCCCACAGCUCCCUUCGGUCGAGGACAGCGACGCGGACAAUCGGACGGCCGAUCUGCACAUCAUCGCUCACGUUUCCAAUCUAGUUAGUGUUCAAAUUGACCAUUAUCAGUAUCUGUUCCUGUUGCGUCUGGCGGAGGAGUUAACCGAAAUGGCCACAUUUCUAUCGCUCGAUUCGAAGCGCAUCCUACAGGCAGCAAAUACGGAAAAAUCAAUCAUAGUUGGCUGUGUUAUACCGCAGGUGGAAGUUUCACUCGUAAUGCCCUCUCAAACGCCCGGUAAGGAGUCGAGCGGAGGUGAUGGUGAAAGUGUGCUGCCCGAUUCCGCUAGCUUAGGUUCCGGGUGGCCAAAUUCGAUGGACCAAACAAGAAAUUCUAACAUUUUUAGCAGUACCGAAUGUCCCUCCCCAAUAGCAACAGAACCUCCGCUGGAAGUGCAUCAUAUUUCCAAUCCCAACACCCACGGCCAUAAUGUGCAAAUACAAAGCGUUCCAACGACAUCUUCCACCUCCGGUGUUGCCUCGGUAGAAACGCCAUCCUCUUCCUCGGUAGUUGUCGUCACGGCACGUACCGUUGGUUCUACCAACACCGCAGGAACUGCUAUUCCGGGCGGCCAACAACAGUCGCAACACCAACAGCAGCAUGCCGCACUACAAACGCAAACGAAAACGCGCACCUCAACCACCACCAACACCACCGAUUCGACCUCGUUCUCAAAGGAGCUCAAUUCGGGCCUCAGUUCGAUGAAGAAGGGCUUCUCGCACCUCAUGACGUCGAUCGAUUCCGCACUGAAGACGAACACGUCCGAUGACAUGAGCGACACGCUUUCGGUGCAAUCGGACAUCAGCUCCGACUCGGAGUUACAACGCGUGCUGGAGGACACGGAAAAGACCACCGACUGUAUGGACGCCAUGUUCCGGCUGUAUCCGUUCGGACAGGAGAGCACCAUCAAAAUGGCCCCGAUCGAGGUGGCAAGCGAGGUGUGCGAGGAUCCGUUCCUGACGAACAUGUCCUCGCCGUCCGAUCCGUCCGAGAGCAGUAGCCUCAAGCGACGGGAUUUGGUGUCAAUGGUUACAUUUAGGUUGACUACGGUUGAAGUGAUACGCCAGAAUGUCGGUAGCUGCUCCUCGCUUCGGUUGCAAAUGUCCGCCAUCAGCUGCGACGAAUGUGGUGCCAUUCCUUGGGACGAGUUUCAGGGUGCUCAUCGCAAGCCAAAGACCAAGUUCGGUACUAGAUGUAGAGCAUGGAACAUUGCACCGCAUAAUCCGGAAGCACCACCUUGCGUUGCGAUUAGAUUAGAGGAGGAGCUGACCCUGCCGGCCGAUUCGUUUAAAGUGACUGACAAGUCGACGAUCAUGAGCUGGUUCAAACGGAAACUCAACGUUGAGGUGAAAGAUCUCGAUCUUCAGCUCUCGAUGAGCACGGUCGUGGGUCUUGGCGAUCUGGCCGAGGACGAGGUAAUCCCCACGCCCAUCCCGAUGGAGGUCACGGUAGAGAACGUGAAGGUGAACCUGAUCGAGGAUCGCCCACCGGUGAACAUCACCUCACCGGGGACGCUACCGGUCAAUCUGGCCAUCGGAAGGGUACUGCUAACGCGGGACGAAGCCGGCGUGUUCCACGUGCAGCCGACGUACGGUGGCAAGCCGGAUGACGUCACCGACAGCGUUGGCGGUGGUAAGCGGAAACUGAACCGAGCCGACUUUGAGCAACGGCGAGAGCGCGAUCGAGAGGUGAAAUCCCUCCACCUGGUGCUACAACAGCUCAAGCAGGACAAUGAAGGCCUCAAGCGGCAACUGACUGACAACGAGAAGACAUCGGAAAGCAAUAGGAUGAAAGUACGACAGGAGAAUGAUGUGUUGCGCACCUACCUGAAAGCGGCCCAGGACGACAUCACCACGCUGCUGGACGAGAAGCGUACGCUCAUGGCGACGAUAAAGUCGCUCCAGGAUCAGCUGACGGCGAUGAGCGACGUGCAGUUGGGCCAGCAGGACGGCAAAAGAUAGCACAACUGCAUGGACUGUAUACAGUGCUGCGGUGAAAAUCCAUUCUAGGCGCCCGUACGCCCCAUGGAUAUCUCCUCGAACGGGUGGUGGUAAAGUUGGUGAUGGUGGUGGUGGUGGAAACACGUACUGUACCGGCUGAAGGGGCUGCCCCGGCCAAAACCGUUCCAUGCGACAGCUUAUUUCCCGCAUUCCAUUCCAUGUUCCGUUCCAUGUUGUGUUCCGCAAACGCGUGGGCGCGAUGAGAAGGUUGUUAUAAUGUCUGUUAUGUUUUAUUUAUGAUUCUAAGAUAGCUCCCUAGUAUUAAGAUAACAAACUGAAGCUGAAUAAAAUCAAAGUACAUCAGGGAGAGUUUUCGAUAGAAAGGCAAA